CAAUCGAUCAGCGGUAAAAGUUGUGAUGGAAACUAAAACAAGACGGAUUUGAUUUGACUCUACCGAAAAACUCUUUAUUUUAUACCCAAGAUCUUCAUCUAUCUCAGUUACCAUGUAAAUCCUAAGUACCUGUUACAACGGCUUGGGUCACACCGGAAAAAAUCCACAACAUCUGUGCCAAAACUAAACCGUAAGUCGAGAAAAUUACGUUUGAACCUGAACAAAAUGAUGUACAGGAAUCCUUAAUAGUCCAUGAAUAAGUACGAAGUUCUUGGAGUCGUAGGCGAAGGUGCCUAUGGAGUUGUUAUGAAAUGCAGACAUAAGGAAACAAGCGAAAUCGUUGCCAUCAAAAAAUUCAAAGAUAGUGAAGAUAAUGAUGAUGUUAAAAGAACAACAYUUAGAGAACUCAAGGUUCUUCGUAUGCUUAAACAAGAAAAUAUCGUUGAAUUGAGGGAAGCAUUUAGAAGGAGAGGGAAGCUUUAUCUGGUCUUUGAAUAUGUAGACAGAAACAUGCUUGAAGUCCUUGAGGAAAUGCCUAAUGGGGUGUCAAAUGAGGAAGUUAGGAAUUACAUUUUUCAAUUGAUAAAAGCAAUAAGAUGGUGCCAUCAAAAUGAUGUCAUUCACAGAGAUAUUAAACCUGAAAACUUGCUUAUUAGUAAAAAUAACGUUCUCAAGCUUUGUGAUUUUGGCUUUGCUAGAGCCAUGGCAACUAAUGGCAGUGCGCAGCUCACAGAUUAUGUAGCAACUAGAUGGUACAGAUCACCAGAGCUUCUUCUAGGUGCUCCAUAUGGUAAACCAGUAGACAUCUGGGCAAUAGGCUGUAUCCUAGGAGAAUUAAGCGAUGGACAGGCAACAUUAAAAUUAGAUCCUGAAGAAAGAGCAACUGUAGAAGAAUGCUUUAAUCAUCCAGCAUUCCAAAUAGAAAGAGAAAAAUAUGAACAAARAGUCAAAGAAAAUCCAUCCCUUGCACCAAUUCCACAUUCUAAAUCUAAAAAUCAUUCAAACCACAAAAGCACAAGGCGUAGAGAAAACCCCCAAAAUGAAUCCAGUUUUCGUGACGCCAAGGCUGGAAGCUCACAAGAACCAAAGCCUUUAAAAGUGACCAGUGAUAUCAAGCAUGAGAUGCAGACCAAUGACUUUGUAUCUAUUAAAACAGCCACUGCAUCCCACAUGGGAAAGGACUCRAGCAAUAAUAAAAUGGAUCAAGAAUUCGACAGAAAUAAAAUGACCAAGUCAAGCUUGUUAACUCCUAAGAGCACGGACAGUUCGAACUCAAAGAGUCUAUCAAUGUCAGACAAUUCAGAAAAUGAUCAUAAUGCAUUUAACAUAGAGUCGCCGAGGGACAGUUCUUUUAAUAUGGAGCAAGAAAGCAGUGAAAGCUCUGAUAACAUGGAUUUUAGUAAGAUGGAAUUAUCAAAUGAGAAAAGUAUUGACAAACAAGAAGCAAGAGAGGAUCUCCCUCAGUCCAAGACUAAGGCGGGUUCUAAUACAUUUAGCCAUUUUGUUAAUGCAAACUACAGUUUCUUUMCUGGCGCUGGACAACAACAAAAGGUGCCCACUUCAUCAAUAGUCGCUGAAGAAAUACGUAAAACAAAGUCAGUCAUAAUGAAUAAGAAAAAGGAUACGGAUGGUUCAAUGAAGUCCAGACAACAGCCAGCUUUGCAUGGAUUAAACAGAUAUGAGCUGGGUGAUCAGAAUUACAUCAAAAACAAGGACACCAAAGGGUCGAUGUUACCAUUUGAUUCAAGACGCCCUAAAACCAAUCAAUAUACAGACUCAAGUCCAAGCAAUAUUACUCAAACGAGCUUCCCAAUGCAUUAUGGUCCAGGAAUCGAUAGAGUAGGUUCAACGUCAGAUGUGACGUCACCAAGUUAUGACCAAGGGGGACAGUUGCCAGGGCAAAGCACUUAUCCCCUCCCUGGACAGCAYUCUAAACAGAGAACGUCAAUUUCAGAUUCUCAAAGGAAACCAGAAAGUGCAGUUGGUGAAGAGAGUCAACCUCGAGGGACUCAUGGAUCAGAAAAGAGGGAGAAAAAGAAGAAGAAAAAGAAACAGCACAACAAUCAGCAAAGUUCCCAAUGGAAACAAAUGCAGCAGAGACCAGAUACUCAAAGUGACCACAGCAAGAUGGUAGAGAGGAGUAGAGUACCAUCUGACGCUCAGUCAUUAGAUGUUCGUCCUCAUAAACAACAUGGUCGCGUCGGCACUGAAAAGGGCCAAGACAAGGGGAUGAUCUCACUGGCGCCGGUACAAGGCUCGUCUUCCUACAAACCUUUCAUGGAUGUGCGUCUUCAACCACUACAAAAAAAGAACAUUUCUCAGCUUUCAAAUGCAUACCCAACCAUGGCGUACCCUAAAGCACUGUCUCCUGAGCCGCAGCACUUCAGUCCUCCACCUCAAUGGCUAGGCACAACUCAAUUCCAGCCAURUUCUCACAAGAAUCCCGUCUCAGAGCCUUCGAAUUUCGUGUCAAAUAUUACGGAAAGAGCUAUUAGUCCAGGAGCAGAAAUUUUAGCACCUUUGCCGAAGAGAUCUUCGCGACCACCAUCGGAAAUCGAUGAAGUGACAAUCGAUGAUCGUGAGUUUCGUACGCCAGGUCAUUUAAGACCCAUAAAUUCAAAUAAAAAUUCCACGAAUAAUAGUGGAAAAGGACAGCCUGACCUGAAUGAUCUGAAGGAAACUCCAUUAUAGCGAAGAUGAGUAAAUGAACGACGUACGUCGCACUCAUUGUUCCCAUUCUCUUACCUUUAAUUUAUAACCAAGACCGCUAGGAACGUUGGGAAAGUCACAUAUCUUCACAAAGAGAAAAAAAUUGGGAACUAGGCUGCCUUUCGCCGAACUGUGAAAGAAUGUUUUUAUCAAUGGAGAAACGUCUCACGCAUUUGUCAGGAGCGCUGCUCCUGGGUACGAUGUCAAGGGUUGUUUUAGUUAACAUAGAUAAUGUAUUCAUAUGAAGUUAAUAACGUAUCCAUGUUUUAUAAAUUAAUAUAUGUACUUGUAAUGGACGUGGKGUUUGGGUCUUGUCUGGCGAACCCAGUCUUUAUCGCGGAGGGGCUUAUCCAGGGUAUCCUAGGGUGCCUGCAAAUGAACACUCCUUCAGUUCCCCAUUCGUGUUUCAAACAGAUGCCUUUGUUGAGUUUAGUACUGGGUGAUUCCUAUGUGAAUCUUGGAUAUGCCCCUUACUUGAACAGAGGAGGUAUCUAUGCUUUGGUGCACUAUUUAUUCAUAUAUGUAUAUAUAUAUUUCUCCGAUGUUUCAAUUGCCGAUGUGUUCUAGCACUGAUUCUUAUCAUAUCAGAGCUUUUUUUAAUGAAUAUUAUAUUUUGGAGAUUAAUAAAGGACUGAUUCAAGCUAA